AUGUCAAAUCUGCAUUUAAGUAAAUCUGUCUUGCUGAUAGUUGGAAGAACUGGAAACGGCAAAAGCGCCACUGGGAAUUACAUUGCAGGAAAACAUAUUUUUGAAGUAAAAGAAGGGUUUGGAGAAUCUGAAGUGAAUGAAUGUAAAACAGAAAUCAUUGAUUACCAGGGUCAAAAGGUUACAAUAGUAGAUGGUGUCAGCAUCUAUGACACAGACUAUGAAGACACGACACGCAUAAAGAAAAAUUUUCAAGAAUGUUUGGUGAAGUGUGGUCAUUAUGUUACAGCCAUUAUUAUAGUUCUAAAAUAUGGAUAUCGCUUUACCAACCAAGAGAGACAAGCAAUAGAUUUAAUUAAAAAAUUAUUUGUUAAAGUACCAUUAAAAAACAAUGGAAUUAUCGCAUUCACGUACGGUGAUAACUAUGAAGAGGACAUAAGCUUUCAAUGCUGGCUUAGAGAACAAAAAGGUUUAAUAAAAACUUUGUUGGAAGAAGUCAAUUACAGAUGUGUUUUGUUUGAUAAUAAACACGCCCAGGACCCAAAGAAAGUUCAACAAUUAUUUGACUUUGUAGAGGCAAUUAGAGGCGACAAAUACAAAGACCAAAGACAUAAGAGAAAUGAUGAUGGAAGUUUUACAGCAAUAAUUGAACUCAUUGUGGAGAGGAAAAUGAACGAACGAGUGGGGAAACAUGUGUAUGCUAAUUGUUUGGAAUGUAGUAACACAGAUCAAGCAGAAAAACUUGACACAGGAAGUGGGAGCGAAGGUGUGGAAAACAUUGAAGAAAAAGCUGAAGAAAACAUUCGAGAAAAGUUUGAGAUUAAAAUCAUGGAAAAAAUUGAAAAAGUAGUGGGGGAAAAGGUGGAAGAAAUGAUGGAAAAACUAUUUAACGAAGAAAUUCUCGAGCGAAAAAUCAGAGACAUAAUGGAGAAAAUAAAUAAAGAAAAUAGUAGAGACAAUUUUGAAAUUGUCGAGCAAAAUUUGGAAAAUAGAGGGAAAAUCUCUAAGCAAAAUAUGGAUGGUUCAGGGCAAAAGGGAAAUAGGGGUGGCUCAGGACAAAAAGAUAAUGAUAGCCAAGACAAAAACAAAAGUUUACAAAAAACUCCAACGGAUCAACAAAAAAGCUCUUGCUUGAUAUCUUAG